UGAUAAGAGUUCGGCCGGCCCGUUGGCAAUCUUAUCAGCGAGUGAUAACGUGUUAUAAGUGUUAGUGAGCAAUGCGCCCUGAGCCCCGCUGGUACUUGUGCCACGACAGGUAACACUUCUGCAGCCAAUUGGCACGCCCCGCAGUGUAUUUGAGUUACGAAGUGAUCAUGAAACUGAAACAUCUGCUACCGACGCUGCUGCUCCUCGUUGCAUGCUCGGCGGCGGCGGCGCAGAGCGACGACGAUCUGGGCAUCCCCGACGAGCAGGACAACCAGUUCCCCCCCGACGCACCGGCAGCGGCCGACGACAUCGAGGGCAGCGGCGCCGGGGUCCUAGACACCCCCAUCGACGAUGCCACGCAAGCUCCCCUACCUGCACUAGAGGACAUCGAACCACCCGCAACAACAGUCGCGCCCGCAGACCAAACCAUCUGCCCGGACACCUGCACGUGCAGCCUUGAGGGAGAGGACUUCACAGUCGACUGCUCGUACAAGGGACUCACUGAACUACCGACUAACAUAGACGCCAGAACCACGACACUCAAUGUACAAAACAACGAGAUCACAGAAAUUCCCAAGUCUAUAGCCGACUUGAAAAACUUGAAAGUGUUGAAUGCUAAUUCAAACUCUAUUACCUCAUUAGCUCCAGGGUCUGUAAGUGAAUUACCUGAGUUGAAGAUUUUGAAUCUAGCAAACAAUCGCCUGUUGGAGUACCCGCAAGAGUUAAAGAAUGGAUUUUCCUUGACCAAAUUGGAAGAGAUCGAUCUGAGCGGAAACGAUAUAAGAGAAACUUUGCUGGUAGAGAACUUUUCUAACUUCAAGGCAGUGAAGAAAAUAGCUUUGCCGUCAACGGGAACAGACGUAUCAGAAUUAUUGUGUCAAGCUUACAAGGACACCCUACAGGCAGUUUGCUUCGGGGCUUGCGAGACCAACCCUGGAGAGUGUCCUGAUGCCCCAGAGAAUGUCGGCGAAGAAUAUUUGUCUGCCAGCUUACCCGGCAGCAUUGCUUUAAGUAACGUGGUCCUAGAUAGCAUAGGCAAUGUUGAUGGCCCAACAGUUACUGAGAUAAGCGUAGCAGCGGAAACGACCACAACUGGUCCGGAGCAGACCACUCCAGGCGAUGAUGAAUUCUCUCUUAGAACUGCCGUUAAAAAGAGCGACCUAGUUGACGCCGGAAUCGAGCUGUCGAGAGCUUUUGUGGAGAACCCACCGGAAGCAAUAGAUGGCAAUGAAGUCGACGUUAAAGUCGGUGCUACCACGACCGAGGCAAAAGGCGGAGUAGACAAAAGUGUUAUAGGCAUGGUAGUAGCCGGUAUGAUAGUUGUGGUCGCGGGUAUCACCAUAAAGAAGAACUGGGGUUCAUUGAGGAAGCGGUUCAGCGCGGCGCCGCGGCCGGCUGCCGGCGCCGCCGCCAACGGGACCUCGCCCGAGGAGGUGCCUCUACAGGACAAGGACAAGUCACCAGUUUAGAGUAAAAUUAUAUCUAAAUAUUAAGAAUUGGCCUCACCGUAUCCGUUUUCACUAGAUUGUUUCGAUCUGAAUCAUGUAGAAAAGUAUUUAUUGCUGAAAUUUUGCAGUAUGUUGAUUUAUGAUGUUAUUUAUUAAGUGUUGAUAAGGUUUCUCUUGUGCUUGUCAAGUUGUAAAUAAGUUGAUGUAUACGUACUUACAUUAUAGCAUAAUUUUGUACUAAUAUACAUAUAUUGAACAAUGUACAUAAUGUUGUGUACGCAAUAAAACUAUUUAAUAAUUA